AUGUCUGAAUUGGUGCGACGUGAAGCACACACACACAGCGCAGGCGACGGGCUGCGCUCCUCCGUGGCCUAUCCCCGCCCUUCAGAUGCAGGUGUACCACGCCUUUCGCGCCAGUCCGAGGGUGGUGAUCUGCGCUCCCUGGGCCGUCGCGCCUCUCAGGAAGGUCCCCGCCUCUCGCGUGAGGAGCGCCGUUCCAGGUUGUCAGGCUCGGAGCAGCGGAUGCUCUCGCAACCGCCUGCGCCAGAAGACAGCGAAUCGGACCUGCUGGUGGAGGACGGCUUCCGCCGCAAGUCCGAGGUCACCGGUCCGAAGCCACGGGCGAGCAUCCUCACGCUGGAGUUGGACGCCGACAACGUGGAGGAGAUGAAGUCGAUCGUUUGGAAGUUCACGGAGCGUGGAGCCGUGGUGAAGGUCAUCAACAAGAACUGCCCGGAGGCAGUGCCCGAGAGUUUGCGCGCUGGAGAUUUGUUGACCUUCAUCAACGAGGAGUGCGUCCUGGAGCAACCCAAGGCGUUCAUUCAGCAAGCAUGGAAGGAACAGCAGCUGGAAGACCGCUACGUCGUGCUGCGUUUCAAGCCCGUCGAGCGCGAGGCGGGGAAGCUGUGGGCGAGGAGGCUGGAUGGCCCCUUCUACUUCCAAUGGCCGCCCAGCCGUUGA